AUGAGCCGUGAGAUGGAAGGUGCACAAAAGGUGCCAGAGUCCGACGUGGUCCCGGAAUCUGUGGAUUCCGAGGUCGAGAACGAGGCUCUUCCCGGUGCGGGCGGAGCUGAGGAAGCUGCUCCUGCAGAACCCGCCCCGGAAGCGUACAAGUCAUCGAAUGCUUCCACAAGAGUGCACACGCCUACCGUGCUAGGAAUUGCGGUGGUGGACUUUAAUCAUCUUGUGGGCCCCCAAGUGGAAUUCGCCUACCCUUCGAGUCUACUAGACAACGAAGAGCUGAGUGCGCAGCUGCCCUUUUUGGCCCUUCCCGAUGGGAGCCACUUGUCUGAGGAAGACUUUUGCUAUUUCCAUAUGCUGUGCAAGUCACUGUACCCCAGCACCAUCUUUGGUAUUUCGUGCAACCGCCAAAUCAAUGCAGAUGCCCUGAUUAACAAGGGAUCGCAGGUGACUCGGAGCAUGGUCCAAAAAGCGAUUGUUGUCCUCGCGACAAAGCCCAUAUUUGGCCCGCUGCGCGAAAAGCUCGGCAUGGUGACGCGCGCCUUUUUUGCCCAGCGCGACCUUAACAACCUGUCCCUGUUGGAAGAUUUCCAUGGGACACUGGAGAUGAGCUUGCGUAUGGGCACGGUGGGCGAAUCCAGUCAUGCCUUGGACGGCGGUAGUGCACUGUAUAUGGGCACUUCGCUACGCGAGUUUAUUUACCAUUGGCGCUUCAAAGCGCUGUCCUUGGUCAAGCUUCUGCUCCUCCAGCGCAAGAUCCUGUUUUUUGGAUACCCUGUCGAGCGGCUGUGCAUGCUCCAAUACAACCUGGUCGCACUGAUUCCCGCUCUACUCUCGUCGCUGGAAGACUCUGCGUCGCCUGAGCUGCACAGUCAGUCGGACGGGCGCGUGAAGGCAGAGUCGCUCAAGAUGUCGGACCGACACAGCCUCUUGUCGUUUAUGGGCCUACCGCUUGCCCUGUUUAGCGAGGAUGCCUUUUUCCAGCCGUGUUGUCCUCUGCAGCAAAUCGAUACACUCAAAUGCGGCUCGUGGCUGGUGGGGACGACCAACAGCAUCUUUAAGCAGCAGCGCUCGUACAAGCCCGAUGUGGUGGUUGACCUUGAGCACACCCAGUUGCAAUUCAAUGAUCCUGCGCUGAGCAAUGCCGUAACGCUCACGCCCUCCGACCGCAGCUGGAUGGACCAGGUUAUCAACGUCGUGCUCGAGACGUGGAACGAGGGCGAUCCGACGCAGCCGACCUUGAUGCAGUACGAAGGCAGCGACGACUACCUCCGUGCUCGCUUUGAGGAGUACAUCUUUGGCUUCUUGUCUACGGCCAAGUAUGCCAACCAGCUGCCGCCGACUCCGCCGGAUACGCCGGUCGAUCCCCAGUCGCCCACGGCGCAGUUUGGUGCCGAGGCCAUCGACCUUUUCCGAGCGACGCGUGUCUUUAAGGAGUGGGACGCGCUCACCGACGAUACACUGUGCGACCUGAUUGGGUGCAAGCACCCAUGCUCUGGAAAGGUCACGGCUCUGUCGGAUGCUGCCCUCCGUCUGUCUGCUGGCCUGCACGAUCUGCGCAUUGAUGAAAGUCUCGCACCGACGCGCGAGGCGAUCGGUGCCGCAUUCCAAGCUGGCAGCGCUGGCCUGUCCAAGGUUGCCAGCUCGUGGCGCACAGACCUCGCAAAGCUCAACACGGGCUGGAACUCGCCCCGGGCCGGGCGCUCGGCGAACACGAGCGUGGAUCUGACACACAACCCCCCCGACCUUGAAGGCGUGUCGACGCCUACGUCAGAAGCUCCGCCCGGGUCCGCAUCGACGUCGCCUGCGCCGACGUGGGACUCACGCAAGCAAGAGGCCCUGUCUACAUUGCAAGCAACAGGCGCACAAGGCUAUGCUGCACUCGGCAACCUAGGCUCUUUCCUGUCUGCCAAACAAAAGGCCUGGUCGUCGCGUCGUCCGCGGAACGAGGAUACCCAAUAA